GCGGAAACCAACAUACACCUUAGCAAGCAACUGAAACGACGAGUUAACCACCACGGCACGAUGCAGCUAGCUACCUAACGCGUGAAAACGGUGGAAAUAAGAUAAUUCACCUCUGCAGAAGAGGCGGAUGGUAACUUUUAAUUACUUGUCACCGUCAAGCUUUGUGUGCUUUUGUAAGUUUAGCUAUUUUUACUAGCUUAAGUGGCUUGCUAACGUUAGUUAGCUAACUGCAUUGCAUCUGAGGCAAGUCUUUGGACAGUCCUCCAACAUGUAAAGCUGGCCUCUCUCGUCCACUCAGGAGUUGGUUGGUGGUUUUGUUGGAUUAAUAACAUCAGGCGGUAAAAACUGGUGUCUCGUGAGUACUGGGGGGUUCACGUGAUAGGGAUGAGUUUGCAAGUUUGGAGAAAGUGGUAAAGUUAGAGAGGCAAGAAACGAUUAGAAAGAGCAGCGGAGGUUCGGCUUAGUUUGAUCCUGAUAGGGGAGUUUAGACGACUUUUUCUCAGAGAUUAAUUCGCAAGGAAAACUUUCUGAAAAUGAAAGUUAUGGAGAAAAAUGUGAUGCGCCUGGUGGCUGUGCAGCAGCUCCGCUCGGCGUUUGGUAUAAAGACAAAGAACUGGAACAAAAACAAAGCAGCCAGCUGUAAGACCUCAGCCAACAACCUGGUAAGUUCACAGAAAGCUUUUACUGAUACUCAGCUAGUGUACAUGUUUUACAUUAGCAGUGACUGAAACUCGGGAUUUAACGCAGAAGCAUCAUCUGAAGUGCCAGCUCGAUGACACACUAUUGUUUAGUCUGCUGAAUCGAAUUAGCAUAUUAGUGAAAGCUUGCCCCCACUGAUGAGACCCAUUUGUUCACAGGCCGUUGUCACCCAUGUCAGUCACUGCUGAUGCUUUGUUGGGCUGCCCUCCUGAUUAUCCACACCACAAAUUCCCUUUUAGAAAAAAAUAAAGCCUGAAUCUUGAAGCAGAAAAGGGCAGUGUUUUCUCACAAAUCUUAAUGACACAUUUGGAUGAAUUGGGGCAUUUUUGUAUAAAAAUAUUGUAAUCUAGGUAGGACAAUUUAACCUGUAUAUUAUGCUGAAUUCAGUGGAAGUUUAGAGUACUUGAAGACUCAGAUUCUCCUUGUGAGCUUCAAUCGUAAUUGCGUAAUUGGAGUCACAAGGUUGGUGCAAGUGAUUUAGCAGUUUUUCCAAACACACAUUGAACUUCUGUAUUUGAGGAAAUGCCUUUGAAUAGGAGAAAGGUUGACAAAGAUGAAGUUUGCAGUUGAUACAUUUCCUCUUUGUUUUUUUUUAUAUUAUUGUUCCUCCAGACCAAGGUCUUUGGGGUUCCCCUUGAGAGUUUACCGUCCUAUAAUAUGGAGAGUGGCAUUGUGCCGAGGUAAGUGAACCUCCUGGUUUACCUUCACUGUUGCUUCACUGUCUUUUUAGAAGUAUUUUAUUUACAUUUCUUUUCCUUUUUAAGUUUUCUAGUGGAUGCAUGUAUGAAGCUGUUGGCACAUAUUGACACAGAGGGCCUGUUCAGAAAGUCUGGCUCUGUCAUCCGUCUGAAAGCUCUCAGGGUGAGUGAUGACCAAGCUUGACCUCUCAUUCACUGAAGGACCUUGACUCUGAAAAGGUCUGAAAUAACAGAGUUGGGUUUUGUUUUGGUUUUUUCUGUCCAGGCUAAACUUGAUGCAGGAGAGGAGUGCUUGUCCUCAGCUCUUCCUUGCGAUGUGGCUGGUCUGGUGAAGCAGUUCUUCAGGGAGCUUCCAGAGCCGGUUCUGCCCACAGAGCUGCAGGAGGCCUUUCUCAAGGCCCAGCAGCUCUCCACAGAGGAGGAGAGGACCUCUGCCACCAUGCUGCUGUCAUGUGUACUUCCUGACAGGAACAUGAGCAUGCUGCGUUACUUUUUUGACUUCCUCAGCAACGUAUCUAAGAGGUGCGAGUCUGAGAUUGAUUACUUUUGUUUCUUUGACCAAUCCCAUUUUUUUAUCAGUCUUUUUUAGCUCUCUUUUCAUGGAUACUUAUUUGUUUUUGUUUUUGGCUUAAUUACAGGAGCGCAGAGAAUAAGAUGGACAGCAGUAACUUGUCAGUGAUCUUGGCUCCUAACCUCCUUCACUCUGGAGACGGCACCGAGAAGAUGAACGCCAACACUGAGAAACGACUCAAACUACAAGCGGCCAUCGUACACUGCUUCAUAGAGAAUGCCGACAGCUUUGGUACGACUUGGAAAAUUCACAUUUUGUCUUUGUCUUUUUAUCAGUUCAGUAUUGUUCAAUAUUGUUUUAUCUGUGUGUCACAGGUGUGCUACCACAGCAGCUUCAAGAGAAAGUUCCAGCCAUGAUGGGCUGUGAGGCGGGAAUUCUGUCUCCUGCUCGUGAUGGACUGGAGGAGCUGGACUUAAACUCAGGGAUGAAGAAGAGAAACAGACGCAGCUUUGGAGGUAAGAAUGCACCAUAUGAGGUUCAUUUAUGUAAAAGCUUCAGUGCACUCUACACAAUCCUACUAACAUAUUCUCCAGAAAGUGGUUUAACCACACAAGAUAUAUUAAAUGACCAUUAGAAUCACAAAUCUAACUACUAUGGAGCCCUUUGUGUAUCAUAGAAACUGUAUACUCAUCCUAUAAUAUUGUAGUAGCAAAUCCAGUGUAAGUGGUUUGGUUUGUCUCAUAUUACAGAUGUGGUCAAUGGUGCUCUGAAUAAGAUAAAAACUAAUAGAACACCCACAAAAGCCACCCACUCAGACAGUCUCGGUAUGUACGAUGGUCAGAUGAGAUAAUGUUGCUGUCAUAUAGCAUGGUGAUUGUUACGUAAUCCAUCUGCUGCGCAUCAAUGACAACCUUUCUGCUCUUUACAUAGAAACCAAACUUGAUAUCAUUUUAAAUUGAAUCUCCAGCUUCGCUUCCUAUGAAAAAAAAUCCUAUAUUUAUGAAUAAGAAUUUGCUUGAGUGUUGAUCAUAAAUGCCUGGUUUCAGUGGUUUUACUGGCUGUUGUCUUUGCCUGUCUGCCUCAUUUGCAUGGACUGUCCUCCAAAAAUUUCCACCAUCUCUGCUUAUUCUUCAUCAUCUCUGGAAUGUUUGGAAUUAUAAACAUUGUCGGCUUUAUCCUCUAAACGGUGACAUGAAUUCUUUUGUGAUUUUGCCAGUCUUUUCCUCUGCAACUCCUGUGAUUGCUACUCCAAACUCAAAGCGAAAGCUGCCUUUGGAAUCUGGUCACUCUUUUGGAUUCUCGAACAAGAAACGUAGAUCGAUCAAAAAAAACCUUGGGAUAGAUUUAUUACCCAAUACUUUGUUCAGCGGGACAUCUACUCCUGGAUCAGGUACUGAUGGUUGUUUGAUCAAUGAGGCAUCUAUUGUUUACUGAUAACUAUCCUGCUUCGUCUUUAACUCAUGAUUGUAAGAGAUCCUUUUUUAUUCUAUUCAUAUGGUAUAGCUUACAGCGCGUCUGGGGUCUUGGACACUUCCCAUAAUCCUCCAUCCUCAGCAGGGAGGUCCAGAAGGCUGCCAGCCUCCUCUGCAAGAAGGAAGAGCCGACGACUUAGCAGCAGAAAUGCCGUUCACAGGUACACACUUUCUUUGUCCUCCAGUUAUUAUGCUUCAGGUGUUCUGGAAAAUGCAUUGUGUGACACAACCAUGAAUCUGCACAAUACUGCGUUAAUCGGGCUUCAGUGCGACAAGUUUAUCUUUCACUGAUCUCUUUCAUGUAUGUCCUUUCAGAGUGGAAUCUGGAAGAGCCGGCUGCUUUUCUCCAAAAGUGGACAAAAAAGAAGCACCACGCAAAUCCCUGCGUUUGCGUUUUAGCCUGGGGAAGAGCAGCAAAGAAGCUGUAAGUGUGGUAGUAAAGUAGACUGUAGACUAUACUUUCCACUUAUCUUGGUCUCAGAUAAACAAUCAAGAAAUGUUGUCAGAUAAGGUGCUUUUGGGCUUAUGUUGCAUGACUUGUAUUAAAACUGUAGAAACACUUUUGCACAUGGGUAUUUUGGUUGUUGCACAGGGGCACUUAUUUAUUGUGUAGCACGUUAGGUUUUCUUUUAUUAGCUAACACAUUUAGAUGAAUGCACGCACAGUUCAGAAGAUACAUUAAUUAUGUUACAAAAAAUGUUUAUUUUUGAGUGGUACUAAGACGGGAUUUCCUGUGCAGAGUUUCAGUGGUUUACUGUGUGAAGCACUUGUGUACUCAAUAGUAUUUACAGAAAAUGUGCUGUAACCUGUCUGAGAUAUAUUUGGUGAGCUCUUAAAGACUAAGAGUGCAUGACUUUCUAAUGCUCUAUAGUGCUUCAUAGUUAUAUGUACAAUCAUGAGUCAAUAAAAAGUUGUUGACCAACAAAUGCAAUAUGUUGUUUCUUCUGAGUGAUUUCUACUGUCCUCUGAAGAACUAACCAGAACAAUCAUGAAGUUAACACCUUAAUCUUGCAUUCUGGGAAACAUCUGUGGGGUCCUUUUUUAACAAAUUAAUAUCUAAAAGCUUAAUCCUCCUCUAAGCUUUUAUUUCCAUGUCAUUUCUCAUUCCAUGUUGGUGAUAAAGGGGUCUGAGUCCAUUGGUUUGAGACUCGCCACCCAAGAGAGCACCACCAGUUUCUGUUUCACCAAAGAGACCGAGUUCAGUCCCUCAGUUCUGAUGAGAAGAGCUGAACCCAAAAGUAAGUAACAAGAUAAAUGAAUUGUUAUGUGAUGAACAUAAUUCCCUGACUUGGGAACGAGCUAACAUCUCACUUUAUUUUGAAGGCUCAAAGUACAUCAGCAAGUCGGAGGAUAACCUGCUCACUCCUCAGUGCAACUCAGAGGCCCAUGGGACCUCGUGGAGCGUAGAGACCCCUGCAGGAGGAGGAUCUUUCACUGACACCCCCAUGAACAUGUGCCUGAAGAGUGCCUUCAAAUCUGAGCCAGUCAUUGUCAUCACUAAGCCCCCGGUGGUGGCCAGCCUUCCCAAGAAGAUUUGCUGUACUUCCAGUGCUGAGAGUCUGGAGAGUGAAAGCUCUGUGAGCGAAACCCAGAGCAGAACGGCCCCGACGCUGCUGAAAAUAAAGACCGGCUUCAUUCAGUCUGACGGCAACCUCCAAACUGCUAUACAGGAACCCUGCUAUGCUUCGGAAGUAAACACAACACAACCACAAGACAGCUUUGUAGUUCCUCCAACAGUCGGUGCAGAGGCCUCAUGUCUCCUGACUGGACAGAGCCAUCUGGCUAAGGAUCAGAACAUCACCUUUGGUCAGAUUGAAAUAGCCGCUUUGUCUCCUCUGCAUAUUGACAGUGUUGUGUUAGAGUCAGGUGGGUUCAGUCCAGUAGAAAAGAAGGAUAAAGAUUCGAUCUGUGACGCUCACAUCAGCAGCCAGAACAGCUCUAUAGAUGAAAGAAAUGACAGAGAGGUGGAGCAGAUAAACUGCAGCAGGCUGAUUGAUGCUCUGGACAUCCACAGUCCUGCUCUCUUCAAACUAGGGGUCUCCUCUGGGCUGCAGUCUACUCCAUUCAAGCUGGAAGAAGAGCCCCCUGAAACGGGUACGAUUGGUGGCAGUGCGGUACAUGAAGAAAGUGAAUCUUCCCAUGAGAUCGGUACUGAAGUCCAAACCCAGCAGCCCCUCUCACCCCGCAGCCUGGAGAACGAAAAGCGGCGCGUUGCAGAUCACAUUCAGCAUUUCAACAAACUUACCCUUCAUUCUCCCAGAGGACCCAAAGCCAAAUUAAUCAGAUCACCGCUCAAGUUCCAGCGCACACCGGUGCGUCAGACUGUGCGCAGGAUGAACUCCCUCCUGAGUGAAAGCAAGAGGCCGACAAGAAGCACACAGCUCCCUCUCACGCAGAGUGCUCAGGUGGUGAAGGCGGUGAGCCUGGAGAGCGGUCUCUCCCCUCACCCACAGCUGAAACCUUCACAGGGAGGAAUGACCAAGAAGAUCCCACCUCCUGUCCCUCCUAAAAAACAGAGCACCCUUGCCCGCAAAGCUAAAGUGUGCGCUCUGGGGGAUGUGACCAAUAAGGUUCAAGCGAAGACCAAAGCGGACUCUUGUGUUCCUGAUCCGGCCUCAGCUCAGAAGCCUCUGGUGAAGCAGGUCGUAGAGAAGGACAUGAACCAUUACAGAGGCUCACCCAGAAACCCUCUGAACCAAGCACGCCUGCUGUCUGCCACCAAGCCUGUAGAUUUAUAGAUCAGAAUCUGUCGUUCUUUCUCCUCACUGCGCAGCCCUCUAUCUGCUGACUUUCAACAUUCCCUCAUACAUAAUCCACAUUUUCAGGGGUUUAAUUUAUUUGUAGCUCUGCUCUGUGCUGUCUCUGUUGUGUUUAGGGCCUUAUUGGGAGAUGUUCAUAAGCCUUAUGUUUUACUCUUGUGAGGCAAGUUUACAAGUUAAGAAUAGACACACCAGCCUGUAAGAUUAUGACUAUUUUUGUCAGGCAGAAGUGUGCGGGCCAAAUAAUCUAAAUGCAAAGACGGUAUGACUGGAAAUGCUUAGAGUUAGUCUUUUAUUUAUGCAUUUUAUAUCUAAUCCUUAGUUUGUAAGAGAGAAAAAAAAUGUUUACCUGAGUUGAAGCUGUUUUUAUCGGGGAGUAUUUUUAUACUGUUUCAUGUCAUAUUGAGAAAAAAGGAAAAAAAAUGCACCUUGAAUGGAUUUUAUGGAAAAAAAAAAGCUAAGCCAAGCAGUAUUGAUCGUUAUCUGACUAUUGCAGCCAGAUUCAGAACAUGAAACAACUAAAUGUUUUGCCAUGUGACCUGCCUCAGACAAAUAAAAUCACACAGCAUUUA